AUGGUGAUUACGCUCGCAUCGCCGCGCAGCUCCGCUUCUGACUCGCUGUCGCCGCAACAAGCUGCUCACUCGCUCUCUUGGUCUGCUCCGCCCGGCGAGACCGCCGACGAGGAGGACGGGCUCGAGGAUGUGGACGAGGAGUCGGAAGGGAGAUUGACGCCGGCGCUCAUCCGGAUCGCGGGUGUAGCGGGCUUGGGAGGACUCCUCUUUGGAUUCGACACCGGAGUCGUCUCUGGCGCGCUAGUAGCGAUAGGAACCGAUCUAGGCGGCCGCGCACUCACGCUUGGCGAAGAGACCGGCAUCGUUACUUCCGCUUUGUACGGGGCGCUCGCUGGAUCGCUCUUCGCGAGUCGCGCAGCCGACUUCUGGGGACGCAAGCCGGUCAUUGUGGCGGCAGCGGUCUUGUUCGCGCUCGGAGCGUUGGAACAGGCAGCUGCUCAGGUGUACAAGGAGGUCAUCCUGGGACGAGUACUCAUCGGCAUCGGCGUCGGCCUGUCCUCGAUGACGCUCCCCAUCUACCUCGCCGAGAUCUCGCCCGCCAAGUUUCGCGGACGAAUUGUCGCCUCGCUCGUCGUCCUCAUCACGGGCGGCCAGGUCCUCGCCUACAUCGUCGACGCCAUCUUCUACCCCGUCACCAAGGGCUGGAGGUGGAUGUUCGGCUUUGGCGCCGUGCCAGCCGUCGUCCAGCUCCUCCUCUCAUUCUCUCUUCCCGAGUCGCCACGCUUCCAGCUUAGACACGACCGAGUCGCAUCUGCUCGCAAAACCAUCCGCCAACUCAAUCCAACUCUUUCGCAUGCAGCGGUUCAGCGGCGGAUCGAGUCCAUUCAAGCGGAAGUGCAGGGCGCGAAGGAGAGCGAUCGCGCGGACGAAGCGAGGGAAGGAGGAGUACCGCUCAACCUGGCGAGGUGGAAAAAGUGGCUGCAGGAAGUGCGCAACGACAUCCAGGAGGGCCGGCUCGGGAGGCUCUGGCGGGAUCGAGUAAGCAGGCGGACUUUGCUCGUCGCAGCGGGUCUUCAAUUCUUCCAGCAAGCGACGGGGUUCAAUACACUCAUGUACUACUCGGCCAAGAUCAUCCAGCUGUCGGGGCUCGGUCAGCCCGUCGCCUUCGCCAUCGUCGUUGCCCUCUCCAACUUCCUCUCGACCAUCGUCGCACUCCGUCUCAUCGACCGCAUGGGCCGCCGCGCCCUCCUCCUUCGUACCUUGAUCGGCAUGAUCUUCGGGAUGUCGCUCCUCGCCUUUUCCUUCGUCUUCAUCCACCUCAAAGCCGACGACGCCGUACAAGAAGCUGCCGCGGGGCAGAGCGGGCCGUCGCCUUGGGCUUUCGUCGCCAUCCUUGCGAUGUGUAUCUUCUGCGUCUCGUACGCUCUUGGGAUCGGCAACUGCGCUUGGGUUGUGCAGAGCGAGGUUUUCAACCAGGACCAACGCGCUGUCGGCAAUGGCAUCGCGACCGCGGUUAACUGGUCCGCUAACCUCCUCAUCUCCUCGACAUUCCUGCAUCUCGCCUCAGCCAUCACUCCUGCCGGCACUUUUGCGCUUUACUCGCUCAUCUCCCUCGCCGGCUGGAUCUUCACGUGGCGAUACUUACCCGAAACGAAGGGACUCUCGCUCGACGAAGUCCGCGAGCUCUUCGAGCGCGAAGUUGGCGUCGAUGGCAUGGCAGCGGCGCCCAGCGGUCCGACAGACGGCGAGGCGGCGUAUCAUGUCGUGGGUGAGGAGACGAGUGAAGAGGAGGAGGAAGAGCGUAGGAUCUCGGUGGACGUUGCUCAGGAAGGUAGGGAAGAGUCUCGCAAAGGCGGUGAGCGGUCAGGAGGCGGCGGCAGGGACACGCAGCCUGACUAG